AUGAAGUUUGAGGGGCGCUUGGGGGAUCUGAGCGUCCCGGAUCUCAAUCUGGGCUACCAGAACAAGCUGCAGCCGCUUCGCUUCCGGCGUAGUGCCACGGCGGCAACCCUCACAGAUGAGGACAAGUUUGCCGUCCUGCUAGACAUGUGCGCCGGAGAUGCUUAUCAUGUGCUACAGGAUAAGUACCGGACGCGGUUGGAGACCAACGCGACCAACCGGGAGGCGACCGAGAAGGAGAACAGGAAGAUGGAGGUGAAGCUGGCCAAGAAGUGGCACGACGCGGCCAAGGUGGAGGGAGCAGAGCCGGGACCGGCCCCCUCCUGGCCACGUCUGGUUCCAGAGGGGGACCCUACUCUCAUGACGGACGCUUGGCAACUCCUGCAGGACACCUACCCUGAGCAAAGUGCUCACUCCCUGGCUAAAUACCUCGACUUCCAGUACGUCUCCAGCCGCAGCACCGCCGCCACCUUCCAUUUCCUGCGGGAACUCUGCCGCAAGAACGGGAAGGAGACAAAGGGGCGGGAGGUGACGGAGAAAGCCCUCAAGUCCCUGCGCCCGGAGAUCCGGAAGGCGCUGGAGGGCGACGUGCUGAACCCCCGGCGUCGCGACGACCGGAAGGGCAAGGGGAAGGGCAAGGGCAAGCAAGCCUUUGCCGCAACCGCUGCUCCGGCCAAGGGAGGAGAUUUCCCCUCGCCCUCCUACAACUGUGGCGAGACGGGGCACAUGAAGCAGGAUUGCAAGAAAAAGCCUAAGGGCGGGGGUGGCCCUGGCAGGAAGCCGGGGGCCUUCUGCGGCCACUGCAAGAAGCGGGACUCCCACACCGAGGACGAGUGCUGGGAGAAGCACCCCGACAAGCGGCCGGAGAAGUGGCGCCAGCCCCGGCCUGGCGGGGCGACGCGCCCCGCCUACGCUGCAGAGGAACCCAGGGGAGAGCGUCCCCCGGCUGAGGAGGAAGCCGCAGGAGCGGCGCCGCCCACAGCAACGGCGGCGGAGGAAGCCGAGGUACUGCGCAGCGGCCCGGCUCAGAGCCUUCCACCCAGCUUCGGGGAGUACCCCAUCACUGACCCCCGGUACCAGGGGUCGGAGGACCACGAGCAUGCUGGGAUGCAGCCCCACCUGCUGGACGAGCCCAAGGUGGGGCCUCAGCGAGAGGUCCGGGUUCACCGCCCGGAGCCCUUUGAGGUCGUCACCGGCAACGCCCACGUGGCUUGGGCCCGGGCAUGCUCUGUGCGGCUGGUCCAAGUCUCCCUUGGACAGCCUCUCCGGUGCAGAGGCGGGGCUGGCCCUAGGGCCAGCAAGAUUCCUGAAGCCGAGGAGGAGGAAAGAGUCUCCGGCGAGCCUGCUGAGGGGGAGGAGUCCGACGAUAAGGACAUGGCGGGGGUUGACGACGACCGGCAGAUGGAGCCGGUUGUCGAGCCAACUGAGGAGCAGCAGGCGGUACAUGUCAUCCCUAUCAAGUACCGCUACUACCCCCCGGCUCAACUUCCCUUGGGAGGGGAAGUUUACCUCAGCAACCACAUCGACCUCAUGGAGAAGAACUUCCGGAGGGACCCCACCAACCCGGAGGUGGACGGCCACUUGAACCCGGGAUGGCUCAAGACCCAGAGGUGGUUCCAGUUCAAGCGGGCAGAGCUCGAGGCCUACGUGCUGUGGCACGGCGGAUGGAUUGUGACGUACGAACGGCACAUCGAGCGCCGCGAGGCAGCCCAGCUGGCUGUGCGCCAGGUGGACCGGUACGUCCUGAGCGCCCUGGGCGCAGCGCAGAGGGCGCUCCGGGAAUACUUCCAGACCUGCAACGAGCAGUCCCUCACCUGCCCGGACUUGCGGAUGAUGGUCAACAUCCACGAGUGGAUGAUGGAGUCGCUGAUAGAACGGGAUCGGCACGACUAUGUCGUGAACCUGGGCCCUCCCCCGGUACCGGAGCUGCAGCGCGAAUCCGGCUCUAUCGAGCAUGGGACCCGGUUUGGUGUGCCCAUGUCCCUGCUACAAGCCCACCUCGCCCGGCGGUACGGCACCAACUGGGUUGAAGGGUUUCUCCAGGGUCGGGUGGUUAACUACCCCCCCGGGACCCCCAACCUUCCGGUCCCAAAGCGCCAGUACGCUAUCCCACUGACCGGGCCGUUAGCGGAACCCCCGGUCAGACGCGACGAGACGCGCGAACCGGCUGGAGCCCGUGCCGCUCCCGAGAAACGGCCCUACUGUCCAUCGGGGCUGCGAGUCCUGAUUCGCAAGGAGUGGGCGAAGCACGAGCCAGACGGCACGGCAAUCCCCCGGGCACAAAAGUUUCCAGCCAGCAGCCGAAGGACCCCAACCCCGUCGUCUGGGAGCGAGUCGGGGGGAUCGGCCGGAGCUGGGGACGAUGCAGGGGGAGAGGUGGGGGCAGAAGGCGUCGAAGAGGCGUGCGAGCGCGGCCUCAAACGUCAGUCAGCGGCCGUGGAAGGAGAGCCCACGGACCGGAGCAGCAAAGUCCCCAAGGGGGGCGAGGCAGCUGCUGAGGCGGCCGGAGGAGUAGCCGCAGCAGGCGCCGGCGUGCACCGGGAAAAAGAGCGGGCCAAGCAGAGCAUCGCUGAAGGGGUUAGAACCCCCACCGGGGUUGGAACAGCCACCGAACCUGAAGUGGCUGGAGCGCCGGCGGAGACCGUCGCUGCCCCGGUGCCCACGGCGGCAGCGAGGGAGGCGGCAACGGCCGCCGCAGCUUCAUCGACAGCGGAGGCAGAGGCGGCAGAGAUAAGGGCAGAUUCUGCAUCUGCAGCAGCACAUCAGGCACGGGAGGUGGAGCUGGUGCGGACCGGAAGCCAGGAGAACCCAGUCCCCAAGGUGCUGCAACCGACAGUUCACCCACCUUUCGUCCCUUCCGUCCGAGGAAACAUGGACAACUACUUAGCCCUCAACCCGAUGCAGCGCCUCUCUCAACAGGGAUACAACCUGUGUGGGGCAUUCCUCAACGGCCGGGCAACCCAGAUCCGGAACCUUUACGCCGAGCAGUUCGACGCCACAGGGAGGAAGGCGCGAUUGGAGGUCCGGGAGUUUGGAAAGAGCACUGCCCUGCCUACCCGGGCGGUGGGCCCGACGCCGAAGACCGGACAGAAGCGCCGGGCGGCCAAGUCACAAGAGGGCAGGGAGCGGCCUAAGAAGGUCGCUGAAAUCAGAGCCGAGAAAGGGGGGGGGAAAGCCCCAAAAACCCGGGGCGCCGCAGCCACCGGACCGGUGGCCGCAUCUGGAGGGGGGGAAAGGUUGGGGUUGGAGAGAACCCCAACCCCCGCGUCCGGAGAGAAGGAAGGGGCGGACAAAAUCCCAAAGGCCGGGAGUCCUCGCUUUGAGCGCUUGCGGAAAGAGUGGCUCGAGGACCGCGAGGAAGAUGUGCGCUGCCUCCCGGACAAGGGCGAGGACCCGGACAGCAAAGCCGCCCUGGACGCGGCCGGCUACCCGCCCUGCUCCCUCAGCCUGAAGAAUCUGCUGAUGCGGGUCUGCGGGGGAGCAGUCAGGAGGAUCCCAAGGGAGCGGGAGAUGACGAGGACCCGGAGGGGCCUCCGGAGUCUGGUGGCCUGGGAGGUGUUCAGGGACCGCGGGUGGCGGUACCUGGAGGGACCCCCGACUGAGCGGCCCGUGUGGUUGUCAGCCUUCGCCGAGGUGCGGGAAAGCCCGUCCCUGCGUAAGAUGCUGGACGAGAUUGGCGCGCCACCGCUGCCCAGAGCCCGGACGGCAGGGGAGCAGGUCUCCCUGCAGUUUGAGGCCGGGGUCAGGCAGGCGGCAACCGCGUACGGGGCCGUCCGAGAACAUCCUGACGACAACGAGGAGCAGUGGCCCCCGGAGUUGGCGAUCACGGAACACGUUCCAGAAGAGGAGGCCAGGCCCGGAGUUGAAGGCGAGGGACCGGGACCUGAGCAGGAGGAGUUGCCCGAGACUGAGGCCACAGAGGAGCGGCCGGAGGGUGAAGAGGCGGACACGGGGGUGGAGUUUGUACCAGAGCCGGAGGCCGGAGGGGAGCAGCCCGACCAGGAGCCGGGACCGGAGACCGGGAAGGAGCAGCCAGAGGAGGUCGUCCAGCAGCAAGGAUGCGGCGGGUUCUUACGCCUCCCUCCCACUGGGCCAGCGGCCAGCUUCAAAACCUUCGACAGCUUCGACACCGGGGUCUUCAUCCCACCUGUGGUGGAAGCGCACCUGGCGCUGGCGGAGGCUGAACCCACGGCGGUGACGGCCGGAGCGGAGUUCCUGUCAGCGGCCCCGCCGCCCCCACCACCUCCGCCAAUUCCCCCGACGGGCCUACCUGCUACGGGCCCCGCCGUAACCUGGAAGUCCGUGGAGGAGACCCUGACAGCCACCCUGGACAUGCUGUACCCCAAUGGGCAAGAGGAAAGUCCCACGCGGAAGGAAGUGGCUGAUGCGGCACUCUUCCCGCCCAUAAGGCGCAGUGAUGCGGAGGACCUGCUGAGGGCCAUCAUGACCGAUCUCCGGGCGACGUAUGGCACGUCACCGGCGGUUGCCUCUGCACUGGCGGCGGACCCAGGGCGAGUUCAGCAGCAAGCGGCCCACCGGAUGUUCAAGUUCCGGAAGGACCUCGGGGAGCGGUUGCGCCAGACGCAGGAGGAGGCGGCCAAGCGAGAGGCCGCGAAGGCGGCCGAAGCCAAAGCCGCCGGAAGGAAGAAGGUGGUGCUGGUGCCUCCGCGCGCGCAACCCCACCGCGAGCUGGGGUGGACGGCGGUGGUUCAGGUUCGAGGCCUCACCGUCAGCUGGAACAGGGCCAUCAGCCAGGUUGCCCGGAGAGCCAUCCGGGCAGUGGACCUGCACCUCCUCCCACCGGCCCUGCAGAGUGCCAACAUCGAAGGCGUCAUGGCCGGGUACAUGUACGCGGAGAUGGUCAUCCGGCCACCAGGUGUGUCUACACCGCCCCUGCCGGAGCUACGAGAGUACCAGGAGGAGAGCGAGGAUGACGGGCAGGGCCAGCAGAGCCCCGGGCCCAAGGAUGAGCACCCGCAACGCGAGCAACCCCGACGGGAUGAUACCGAAGGGGGCAGGGGCGGAGGGGGUCCACCACCAGCAGCAGCCACGGGCAGACCUGCUGGGGGGGCAGUAACCCAAUCCCAGGCGCCCCGGGGCGGGGGCCAGGGGGGCAAGGACACAAGGGGGAGGGGCGGCUCCGGCUCAGGGAGCCGGAGAGAGUGCAGCGUGGGGGCUAGCCACUCCCCGGGCGCUGGAGCGGCCUACACGCCACCCGGGAAUGACUCAGCCGGGGUUAGCCACUCCCCCGGGGUUAGCAGAGCUACCCCAAUCCCCGCCAUUUCUGCGUUCAUGGCCCUUGGGCAGGACGAGUUUAACAUUUCUCUGGGCCUGCUUGAGCCGGAGACGAGAGCGUUCCUUGUGCGGCAGCUUCAGAACCUGUCGGCACACAAAGGGGACCGGAAGCGGGAGAGAGUGCGCGCGCCCACCGUACGGGUUAGCGCAAAGGCACUGUGGGUCAACGGCAAGCCCCUAGAGGGUAGCGCGAUCCUAGACAUCGGGGCCAUGCCACUUCUGAUUGGUCGGCCUGGGCUCGUUCAACUGGGGCUGCGGGAAGAAGACGUAAGUCCUGACGCAGUGAGACUGGGGCUGGCGGAUGGGAAGUCAACCAAGAUGUUUGGGGUGACCCGGAAGCCGAUCAAUUUCACCUUUAACCCCGGGAAGAGGACAGAGACAGUUGUCUCUGUUCGCGCAGUGGUGACCCAGGCGCCCUACGACUUCCUCGUGGGGAACAUCAUCAUGUGGGUCAUCGGGGGCGUCAUCGACAGUUGGAGGGAGCAGUUCCGGUACCAGGUCAACUGGCGACACGGUGGGCCGGGAGUGAGCGGACCGGAGGGGUUCAUACCCCUGAUGUAUGAGAGGGAGAGGGGCACGGCGCCCCUCCCUUACGCGCUUUACUCAACCCUCCACGGCAUGGGGGGAAAGGUAGAGAGUGCGGUGGCCGUUGAGUCGGAUUAUGACGAUAUGCCCCCGCUUGCGGAGGCUUCUAACGACGAAAGCCACACCACAAUCCUUGUUCCACCUCUUUCCUCCUUGACACCGGAGGAGCGAGUUCAGCGCUGGGAAGAAGAACAGGCGAUGCACGGCGACUUGGAGAGACCAGGGCCAACCCUCUUGGAGCGGCCUAACCUCGACAGGAGACCCCCGGAACACCGGCAGAGUAUGCGCGCCGGGGUUAACCUGAGGGGCAUCAGCCGAAGCUACCCAAUCCCGGACGGAGAGCCGGAGUGGAACUACGAAGCACACCCUGACGGAGGGUGGUACGUGGACGAAGUACCCUUGUGGCGCGAGGGCAACCGGGAGCGGCUAUACUGGCUCAUCGACUUCAUCAGCACGGAGGGACCCAGCAAGUACCCUGCCGUGAGGGAGUGGGAGGAGCGACGCCUGCAGUACCGGCGCGACUGGCUGCAGCGCAUGAUUCUGGAGUGUCGCAACGAACCCAUGUUGGCGGGUUACAACACUCUUCCUCGGAGACAGGACGAGUUAGCGCAGAUAGACUCCCUGUUCAUGAUGCACGCGGCCUACGCAAGGGACCUCAUGAAGGAAGAUGCCCUACCGAGGCUGGACACCGAGGCGGUGGAGUUCCAGACGGCCGCCACCAACAACCGGCGCCUGGCCUACCCCUGGGAACCGGCGCUGGGACCCCCGGUGGAUGCCCCCGCGUUCAACUUCAACACCCGCACGGCCCCGAUGCUGGAAAUGGAGCUGGGAGCGCUGGUGGGGCGGGCGCACUCACUGUUUGCGCUGCUGGCGCAAGGGGAGGUGCGGCGCUUCCGCCAAGAGAGAACCCGGGAGCUGAUCGCCAAGCACCGGAGGGGGCUGAUACGGCGCAGAACCCGGGAGCUGAUCGCCAAGCACCGGAGGGGGCUGAUACGGCGCGUGAACGAGAUCUUCCAAUCCCACAGCCACGAGCGGAGGCUGGAGCGGAGGGCGCUUGAGCGCGCCUGGGCCACGCAGGUCGAGCAGCUUACGAGGCUGCUGGACCGGACGCCCGGAGUCUUGGACCCACCGGGACCCGGCGAGGCGGCCCCCCGGCAGGAGGGACCACCCUGGGCUGGAAGCAUGGAGGGCUACCCUGCCAGGGACCAGCGCCAGACUAUCUGCGACCACCUGGGGAGGCCGGACCUCCCACCAGGAUGGGCGUGGCGCGGGGACAGCAACGCCUUCUACUAUCGGGAGCUGCACGACUUCCUCGAGAUCCAGCGUAGGCCCGGGAAGGAGGCGCAAGCUGAGAGCCAGAACCGAGCUCACGUCGGCGACCUCCGGGGCGAAGACUACCCCCAAAUGGCGGAUUUGCUGCAGAUGCAACAUCAACGGCGGCAAGAGCCGCCCCCAGCACCGGCGGACGAGGACGAGACGCGGCCGUCCCCAGUGCAUACUGUGCCGGUGGGGGCCUGA